GCGGGAAUGGAGGCGGCGCGAGCGGCGAUUCUCCACAGGAAGAAGCAUCCUUUCCACAUCCACCUAGUCCAGACUUUUCAGGAUGUUAUAAUGCUUCAAUCAAAUCCUCUCUCAUUCAUCUGAACUCCAGUGGAUACAAGCCUAGUCUGUCCAACCAUGCCUCAAGGCAUAAUCCAGCUCCAGAAUAUUUCCAGAUGUGCAAGCAAGUGUUCCUAGGAACAGACGCAAGAGCUUGUAUUCUAGCUGGUGAAGUUCCAGACCAUCAUACAGACAGCCAGAUUACAAUGGGUGUCUCGUGGCAAGACUGAAGAUACAAGAACGAAGGAAUGGAGUUGAAUGGUAAGGAAAUGGCAGAUGGAAUAGAAUAUGGAAAAACGUGAGGCCGUCCAUUUUGAUAGGAAAAAACUGAAAGAUAUGGCAUUUAAAAUGAGGAGGAAUUGAAAGAUGUUGGUGAUGAGACCCAAGUGUGUUUAUGAACAAAUCAUUUGAAAGUUACCAUGCUUGUACAAACCUGCUGGGGUACGAACUGUGCAACACCGCGGCAUGCAGUCCUACCGGGAGCAGAGCAGUUACCAUGGGAACCAGAGGCUGCUGCAUCAAGAGGCCCAGGAGUCGUCCCGUCUGAGCGACUACAACCAACACCACCAGGGUCAGAUGUUCAGUGGCUACAGCAACCGGCCAGUCAGCGAGGGUUGUGAUCAGCAGCUGUACCCGUCCUUCCGCAGGGAGCCCACUGAUUACUAUUACUCGCGGGGGAAGGAGCUGACCGGCACCCAGGCUCAGCGCAGGCUGGCUGGGACCCUGCAGAGCGGGUAUGGAACUCAGCAGGCUGGAGGCUACUCGGUGCAGUACCUGAGUGAGGGCCAGUGGCGGCCACCACACACCUCCAUGCCAGGCUACAGCCACUUUGAGCAGGACGUGUACACCAGUCAGUUUUCACCAGGUACUACUCAGCAGCAGCUACGACACCAGCCCUUCCAAGCGACCCCUGGCAGCCAGGGACUGGCUCAAGCCCCUUCCUCCACUGCUCACCUUUCCCAGCUCGUCCACCAGUCCGGUUCGGGCCUGCUGACCAAAUACCAGCACCGUGCAGCCCAGUAUAACCCCCAGCAGUUCCAGCCCUCUUCCUCCACCUCUACCACCACUACUACCACCUCUACCUCCUCUUCCUCCUCCUCCUACCUGUCUCCCCAAGGCUACAGCCAGCCUCCUGGGCAGGCGUUUGACGGCUACCAUGCCAGUGCCAGUGGCCAGUGCGAUGGCUACCCGGUCAAUGCUGCAGUUGCCCCUGGUUACGGGACCCAAGCGGGUUAUAGCUACCAACCGCCCGUGGCCAAGCCCUGCUUUGAGCAGGCGAAACCGCUGGCAGGCCAGCAGCACGCCCACCGAGCCCUGCCGUACUCCGCCCCCGCCAAGAUGGCCUUGCUCAACCAGCAGUUUGCUUCCUACUGUUCAGCCGACAUUUCUGCCAAAUCACCCAUGCCAUUCCACCAGAACUUCAGUCCCGGUUCCAACACCUCGCCGGCCACCCCUGUGGCCCAGUCCCCCUCGUGUAGCUCCACCCCGUCCCCUCUGCUGGUCGGCGGUGACAGCCUUCAGUGCGGGCCGGGAUCCAUGGGCAUGAGGAGCCGGAUCCUGCAGCAGAUGCCCCAGCCCAGUCCCACCCCGGCAGGGCUGAUGCCCAGCCCCAGCUCUCAGUCCGGGACGUACGAAGGCUUUGGCCUGGAGGGUGGGGGUGAGAAGAGGGCGUCAGACCUGGGCCUGAGCAGCCUGACGGCCCUUAGCUCACAGGUAGCCAACAUCCCCAACACGGUGCAGCACCUGCUGAUCUCUGACUCGCUGGCCUUGCACCGCAGGCAAGCCCGCCGCUCCGGCAAGAGGACCGGAGCCCCGGGUGAGCUGCCAGGCCUGGAGGAGCAGCUGAAGUCGCCCCAGGCAGACUCCCUGGAUGGAGGCUGCUCCAGCUCUUCAGAGGACCACGCGGAGCGGGUACGGCAGCUCAGUGGGCAGAGCGGCUGCUCGGAGCAGGCCUUCAAGUCCCGCAACCCCGAGGCCCUCAACGCCACUUGCUCGCCGGCUGGUUCCCACGGCGACAGCACCGGACGGCCCCUGUCCAAGGAGGAGCUGAUGGCCCAGAUGUGUCAGGAGGGUAAAGGCGGUGCCAUGGCAACGCUGGCAGAGCAAGGUCCGCGGCGAGGUGAGAAGCCAGUGGGCGUCAUCGUGUCCAGGGAAACGAUGGCCGGGAGAGGGGAUGUGAUGGGCAUUGCUGGGCAAGAGGACGAGCAUGCCAGGCAGUCUGCCUUCCCCAUCAGCAGCGAGAAAGCACCCGGCCGCAGCCAGCAACCCAACAGCAGCCGCGGCAGCACGGCAAGAUCAGCGGCCCAGAAUGGCAAUGGCCUUGGGCACCAAGGUCACGUGGUGCCCGGUGACCCCAUGGCUUCAAGGUUGGACUCCUCCAAGUCCCCCAGCUGCUUGGCGUACGGCUUUCGUGAUGUGCCCAGAAACGAAGGUGCCUACCAUCAAAUGCAGUACCCAGCAGUCCCGUACGGCCAACCGGAGACCGAGCAGUUCGCUCUCGGGGACAGGAAGGCAAUCCCAAAUAAGGUCGAGAAGACUCACAGUUUGCUCCAAGAAGCUUUGCAAGCCAACUAUCCUGGGAGGAAGUUUCACCCAAAUUACGGUCCCGACCUGCAAUAUUCUGGCUUCACGGAGCCCUCGCUGCAGCCUGGCUACCCCGUGCGGCAAAUGAUCGAGUUGGCGAGGAAGGACAUGCACGGCAGUGGUUCUGCGGCUCUGCCUUCGGGUUGGGGAGAUGGAAGGGUGCUGGGCCCAGGCUUCGGCACGGAGCAGGGCAGGGCUGACCUGGAGACCCAGCUCGAAAGUGGGAUGUCGGAGAGGAAGUCCGUCAUCUGCGAUGUUUCCCCGUCGAGGCCGUUUGGCCGUAGCUCCACACCCCUAACCUGCGGACAGUCUCACGAUCAAGACUUUGUCCGGAACAUGAAGGGAGACAAGUUUUGCAAAGCAGGGCAGUCGGUUAUCCAGACAGGUAUUCCUGUGAUGUCAGAAACGCGAAUAAAAGGUGAGAUGGGCCAAAACCUGGGUCAGCAAAGGAGCAUUGGCCACCAUGACGACAGAGAUCCCAGGACACUCUCGCCCCACUGGAAGUACGAUCCUUCGCAGUUGGUCAGGGGUUCCACCAUGAUUUCCACCCCACUGCCCGUGGGACCCACCAGUAACUUUCCCCAUCAGGUCCUGAACAACCGAUCCACCAGGGCAAGGCGGCCCUAUGGUAGGGGAGCAGGCAGAGGUGGGGUGAGGAGGAGGGCCCCAUCACGGGCAGAUGGCAAUGCUUUCCUGACAAGAACAUCAUUUGUCAAACAGGAAGGUAUGCCAGAAGCUGGCAGAGCCGGGAACCUUGGGCAAUCUCGUGAUCACCUGCCAGCAUCAUUGGACAAGGUCACCAUGUAUCCUGGUUCUGCAAACUCAGAUACACUCUCCUCCCUGCUAACCAAGCAAGUAAAUGCUUGUUCCUUGGGUAUGGAGUCCGAAGCCACCAUGAGGUACCCAAUUCACUCGCAGAAGCAGAUGCAAAAUCCUCAAGGUGCAGGUGAUUGGACAAACACAAGUGAUGGGAAAAACUCUGCUGCAGAGAUGUGCAGGAGCGGGAUUCAGAAGGAGGCAAGACACUCUGAUGCAAUGCAACAGGAAAUGGGUAGCCAUCCCUCGCUCCAGAUGUUUUCACCUCAGAGUCAUGAGGCCCAAAGCCCACAGCUGGAUGAACAGUCAACAGCCACAAGCAAACAUUCGCCUAAAAAGCAAAACAAUACAAUAAGUCAGGAGGACUCCUCGGUUCAGUCCUCUAUUUUGUCGAGGAGAAGGAUCAGAUCUUUUAUAUCGCCGAUUCCAGCCAAAAGAUUUUGCCAAGAGCCGAAAGCCAAGGACUCGAUGGCCCCUCGUGACCCUAACGACUCUCAGUGCAGUGCCAGCCUGAACCCCAUGCAAAAGCCUGAGCCUGGUGACGAAUCCCAGCAGAUGAAUGAUGAGAAGGGCAGCCCCGGUGGGAGCCUUUCUCCAGCUGCUUCCCUCGCCAGUCCCGGUAAAACCAAGACCCUGCCUCCACGGAAAGGGCGAGGCCUAAAGCUGGAAGCCAUUGUUCAGAAAAUCACGUCACCCAACGGGAGGAAAUUCCCGCCAACUGGGAUGCUUGAUGGGGCUUCUGACAGUCUGACCCUAGAAGACAUCCUGUCCGUCAAAGAGGCAGGUUGGGAGAGAGCCAGUGGGGCAAUGGUGCAGCCUGGCUACAAGGUGGAUGGAGAUCACAAGGAGGGAGCUGAGGUGCAGGCUCGGCUCCCUGAGGCCCCCUGCGAGGUGGGGCGCUCCAACUGCUCCCAGAUCUGCGGAGGCUCCUCACCGGCUGCACGGGUUCCACAUCAUCCCGACUCCAAGCAGUGCGGCCCCCCUUGCCCUCUGCCCUGCCCCCUGGCGCACCAAACUGGGGAAGGGCCCAUCGGUGUCACGCCCAAGGCGGAAGUCGUGGCUGUGAAAGGGUACUUCCCGUCUGGCAAGAAGCGGGGAAGGCCGCUGGGGAGCAUCAACAAGCAGAAGCGCCACCGGCAGGAGUGCCAGGCCCCACGGACUCAGGACGAGGCAGAGGAGGAGAAGGUCAAAGCCAAGGUGAGGCCUGAGAGGAAGAAACCAGCCUCCCACCCGAGGAGGCGCCGCAAGAGGCUUGAAGGCCCCGUCAUUUUGCCCGAGGAGCCCGAAAUUAAGCUGAAGCACACUGCUCGAGCGGCGCGCAGGAGGCGGCCGGAGUCUCAGGACAAGGGUUUCUCUCCCUAUGUACUGCUGGAGAGGAAACGUGAGGCAGCUCUCUGCACCAUAAUCAACACCCAGGAUGAUCAGAACAGAGCCCAGAAAGGGGUGAAGGGUCACCAGGGGCCGACCUCCACCCCACCGCCCAGUUGUGCUGGCAAAGCCUUGCCAACAUCCUCGCACAUGGUGCAGGGCCCAUUGGUGACAGACUCCUCCACCCUCGGCGUCUUGGUCUGCUGCCUGUGUGGCAAGUGUGCCAAUCACCGGGACCUGGGUGACCUUUUCGGACCCUACUACCCACACCAGUAUGCUGGCACCCUGCCCAAGAACCCACCCCCGAAGAAGAUGGCACCAGUGCAGAGCCGGGUGGUGAGGCACAGGAGCAUGCCCGACCUGCUAAAGACUGGCCAAUCGGGCGACGAGAGCAAGGAGUUUGGGACUGUCCUGGGGCACCCCAGGUUCAAAAGGCGUCACUACAGCGAAGAUUGCACCCCUUCCUGGGCUAGUCCCAGGAGCAGCAAAGGGCACCGGCGCUGCUACUGCUGUGUAAAGACUUCUGUCGACUUACGGACUCAGAGAUUUAAAAGUGAGCUCGGCCCGCAGGUGGAGCUACAGCUCCCUCAACUACCUCUAGACCCCAAUGAACUGUGGAUCCACGAGUCCUGUGUGCUCUGGGCCAGCGGGGUCUACCUGAUCUCUGGGAGACUCUAUGGACUGCAAGAAGCUGUAGAAAUGGCCAGAGAGAUGAAAUGCUCACACUGCCAGGAGCCUGGCGCUACCCUGGGCUGCUACUGCAAGGGAUGCCCACUCAACUAUCACUACAUCUGUGCUAUGGAAGCAGAUUGCUUUCUGAAUGAAGAGAAUUUCUCCAUGAAAUGUCCCAAGCACAAGCACAGGGCUACAAAAGGUAGCAGUACAGAGCAGUCGGAGCGAGGCUGAGCACAGGCCUCCACUUCUCCACGGACACAGCACAAGCAGGUCCUCCUGUUGAGAGACGGUGAAUCCGACAUGAUUCCGCAAUCGGACAGGGCGACUCCAUGGGUGUGUCUGUCAGCCCUGGAGCACCCACUGUUUACUGCAACCACAAAGAAUUGCCGGUUAAAGGACUUGGAGCAAAAAUAACCCUGGACCUGUGCGCUUGCAGCCCCGAUAUCCAGAAACCACAGGGCAGUGAACAAAACAACAAGAAGCCAUCCAGACUGGAAAGGGUGGGGUGUCCAGGGUGGGGAUGGGGGAGAUUCUGCUGAAACCACCCCCUUCCCCUAACCUUGCAGAGACCUAGAGCUGGGCCCCGCACCCUGGACCGUCCUUGGCUCAAUCUCCUGAUGUAAAUGGCUUCAGUCUGAGAGGAUGGAUCGCCUAGAUUAUAUAUUUUAUUUUUUAUUUUAAAUAUAUCGGUGAUUCUUGGUUUUAAAAUACCUUUUUUUUUGCCCCUGUUUUUCUGUCCCUUCCUCCUCCAUUGGCUGACCAUGGCAGGACAGUAUAGUGGUGAGAGCUCGCCCAUGUAUGUUCAGUGUUAUUUUGGGUGUUUUAUUCAAUAUAUAUAUAUUAUAUUAUAUUAUAUAUAGUUAUUAAAUUGUU